AUGUGUCGUCAACAAGAAAUUGAAGAGAAACUCAUAGAGGAAGAAACUGCUCGAAGAGUGGAAGAGCUUGUGGCUAAACGUGUAGAAGAAGAGUUGGAGAAAAGGAAGGAUGAGAUUGAGCGAGAGGUUCUCCGCAGGGUGGAGGAGGCUAAGCGCAUCAUGGAAAAACAGUUGCUCGAAGAACUCGAGCGACAGCGACAAGCUGAACUUGCAGCACAAAAAGCCAGAGAGGAAGAAGAGCGUGCAAAGCGUGAGGAACUAGAGCGAAUACUAGAAGAGAAUAAUCGAAAAAUUGCAGAAGCACAAGCUAAACUGGCUGAAGAACAAUUGAAAAUUGUUGAAGAACAAAGAAAGAUUCAUGAGGAGAGGAUGAAACUAGAGCAAGAGAGACAACGUCAGCAAAAGGAAGAGCAAAAAAUUAUCCUGGGCAAAGGAAAGUCUAGGCCAAAACUGUCCUUCUCACUAAAAAGCCAGGAUUAAAUUGCAACUCUGAACUCUUAAAAGAAAAAAAGAAGCAAACAAACAAAAAAACGACAAAAAGGCAAAACGAAAAAAAAAACUUUGUAUGGUAGCUUCAUGUUGAAGUGUCUUGGAAAUCAAGUUAGGGUAGAAAUGUAUCUUAAUUUUUUUUUUUUUUUUUUUUUUGGUCUUUUUUGAAAGUCUGGAAAGUUAGCUUGUUCUAAUAGGGGCUGUGCUCUGCAAUUCUUAAUUUUUUUAAACUUCCAUUAAGUUAAACCCUUACCAGAUCAUUGAUGCCUUUUAGAGGAUUUCUCACCAAUUUUGUUUCUGUAUUAGUGGUCUGAAGCAGAUCAGGUCGCUUUAUGACUUGUGGAUGAUCUGAUAAGGUUUUACUGACCUACUCAUCAGAGUUUGACUCUGAUAAUUGACAGAACUUUAUACUGGGUAUUGCUGACUUUUUUUUUUUUUUUUUAAAGUCAGUAAAUACAUGAGUAAAUUGCCAUAGUAUUACUGGACCUCUGUGGUUUAUUGUUAAAUCAGUGUCCUAUGAUACUGUCCCAUUGUUGCGCUUGAUGUUCCUGAUACAGGUAAGGAAAUAGUUUGUCAUUACUGCCUCGAGUACAUAGAGAGAGUUCAGUAUUGUCUCUGUUAGAUUUGUUUUUAUUACAUUGACAGCAUUCAACCAGCGUUCCCCAUUGUGUAAAUAAACCAAUUUGCUGAAUAAAGUGAAAGUCUUAAAUUCAUA